AUGGUGAACCUCGUCCGCGGCAGCAUCGGCGUCGCUGCCCUCUUUGCCCUGUUUCACGCCACCACUUCCGCGCUGCCGACAGCACCUGGAAGAGGCACCAGCGGACGCGACAACGGCGCCGGCAGCAGCAGCAGCAGCAGCCACGACAUCGACAUCGAUUCGUCCUUCCCACUCUUUGGCAUCCAGACGUCCCGCCAGCAGGCCGCUUUCCAUGCGCCUGGAUCUGGCUUUGAGACGUUCGGCCACGUCUCCUACCCGUCCGACUACUGGGCGCUCGAGGAAGGCGUCGGCCACUUUUCAGAGUGGUCCAAGGCGACAAAGCACGCCUUCCUCCGCGACUGGAGGGACGGCAGGGUCGACGAGUGGACCCUCGUCAUGGGCAACGAGGGCGGCGACCUCGACAGCAUGACGGCCGCCCUGACGUGGGCCUAUCACCUCUCCCACUCCACCCUGCACCACCCGGAGCCCCGCAAGGUCGUCGCCUUGCUCCAGACGCCCGCCGACGCGCUCGACCUGCGUCCAGAGAACCAGCUGGCGCUGCACAACAUCAAGAUGUCGUCCGGCCACCGCGACCUGCUGACCAUCGACGAGCUGCCCGAGAAGCCAGUGCAGCUGGCGCCCAAGGUCGAGGGCAUCGUCCUCGUCGACCACCCGGUCCCGCUGCGGGUCUGGAACGGCGCCAAGAUCCUCAGCAUCUUUGACCACCAUACCGAUCGCGGCGCCGCACCCAACGCCGAGCCGCGCGUGUUUGGCACCACUGCCAGCUGCACCACGCUCGUGGCCAAGCAGAUGCUCGACGAGCUCGAAGCGCUGCCGUCGCCGCCCGGAGAGUACCACGUGCCGCACGAGGUCUACGAGCUGAUCCUGGACGCCAUUGCCAUCGACUCGGACGGCCUCAACCCUAAGAAGAGCGUCCCGUUGGAUCGCGAGGUCUCGGAGCGGGUGCUCAAGCGGAGCAACUGGCACAACGAGUCGCUGACCGAGGUCAUGGAUCGCCUAGACUCUGAGCUUGGAAAGGCCAAGAAGGACCUGGACCACCUCAACGUGCGAGACUUGCUGCGCAGGGACUGGAAGGGAGAUGUCGUCGAUACGAUCUCGCCCCGCACGCCCGCGGUCCACCUCGGCUUCGCCUCGACGCCGGUACCGCUCGAUGAGCAGAUCAAGCGCACAAGGCACAAGCAGGUAGCCUCGUGGUUCGACAUCGAGGACCACUGGACGGCGGAGAUCGGUGCCGACAUUUCCCUCUGCCUCAACUCGUACAAGGUCAAGAUCGACGACGACGGCGUCGAGCAGUUUAUCCUGGACGAUGAGGACAAGGAUGAGCCUGAAGACGAGGAUGGAGGAGUGGGGACGAUGAAGAAGCAAAAGAUCCGCGAGAUUAUCCUCGUCGUCCGACACGACCGACGCAUCGACGAGGAGCAGGCCAACUCGCUCUUCGAGACCGUCUCAAGGGCCAUCGAGGCGGACGAGACGCUCAAGGUGGAAAAGUGGCACCGCGCCGACGAGCUCCGUGGUCGAAGGAUGGCAUGGAGACACUACCGCGAAGACGCCGGACGCAAAGUCGUCCGACCCAUUGUCGAAGAAGCUGUGCGCAACUGGGACGCCUAG